GCAGUCAGUGGAGUUUGAAGUGGAUAUAAAUUGGUUAAUAGCUGUUUUGUUGAAAGCUGUCUAGGAUAGACUGUUUUUUAAUAGACUCAAGCGAAGUUUUUUAAACUUAUGGAGGGAAUUCACCGUGGACGUGUUGGCGAGUAUUGGAAGUUUCAAGGUUUUUGUGUGGUCCCAUAAACCGCCAUGAUAACAGAGAAGAAGAAACAACUUCAAGUUUAUCAACUGAUCUAAUUCCGCCAAAAAGGCUAUCUAAAAGCUAUAUAGUAUAAAUCAUUACAAUUUAUGAAUUAUCAUGAGUGGGAUUGCCAAUGACGUUGGAAAUCGAUGGACCUGCCCAAAUGAUCGCCAGUUAGGGCUAAGAGCAAAGUUGAAUUCUGGCUGGUCAUUCCACUCUGCUAAUCCCGCUAAAAAAGCAACCAAGGCUAACAUAUCUGAGGCCGAGCAAGAAAUCAUCAAAGAUGUCAUUCAGCGAUCCGACAGGAUACGGCAACAAGAAGAGAACCGAGUUGGGCGUCUUGUGGAGAAGUUGGACAACUUACGGAAAAAUGCAAUGGGAAAUGGGGAAGAUCUMUGUCUUCUAUGUGCCAGCAAGUUUGGGAUUUUAAAGACUGUGGCACGAGAAUGUGAUAUUUGUGAAAAGAAUGUCUGUGAAAAGUGUGGUGUGGAUACCCACAAUAGCAUAGGACAGCCAAUAUGGCUUUGUAUGUUAUGCAGUGAACAAAGAGAGGUUUGGAAAAAGACAGGAGCUUGGUUUUUCAAGUCAAUUCCAAAGUAUACAACAGUAGCAGAGGCAGAACGCAAUCGAGCAAACUCUCUUUCAAGAAGUGAUACUGCAGUGUCUGGUCAUUAUUCAGAUUAUUAUUCUGAUGGCAGAUCUGGUUGGACGCCCGUUAUGCCUAGAAGAUCACGAGAUCCAGUGGUCAAUGGUGAUGCGCUGUCAUCAAUAGCUAACCACAGUGACGAUGACGGAUCAUCCUCAGAAGACGAAAUGAUUCUUGACCGUCAAAAGCGACCAAGGGCAAGCACAGGCAGUGCAUCAACUGCAUCGGAUGAUUUUAGUUUGUACAGAGAAAGUGGUAAUUUACUGGAUGCACCAUCGGAUGGAUUUCGAGGUCGUACAGGACGCGUAUCACCUGCAGAUAGAAUGAUUCUGAAGAAACGAGCCAGUAGAGGUGGUAGUAUUGCCAUGGAUACCAGUCCCCUAGACAAAAGUGAUGGAGCUAAACUGGGUGGACUGGGUGAUGAGGAGGACAUUGAUGAACUUGUUCGUAAUUACAAGGAAAACGCGGAAUCUCAAAAGAAGCCUGAUAACGCUUCAGGUCUUGGCUCCAUUGAGUUCACUCUACGUUAUCAAAAACUUGACAGUCGUCUCGAUGUUGUGCUACAGUCGGCUGAGGAUCUUAAGCCGAUGGAUGUAAGUGGAACGUCAGAUCCUUACGUUAAACUACACCUGUUACCAGGUGCCAGUAAGAGUAACAAGCUACGGAGCCAAACAAAGUACAAGACGCUGAACCCUGAGUUCGAUGAAACACUUACAUACCAUGGAAUAACAGAAGAAGAGAUAUCAAACAAGACAUUAAGGCUCCAAGUCUAUGAUGAAGAUACCCUUGGUAGGAAUGACUUUAUUGGAGAGACGUCUGUUAAUCUUAAAGUACUCAAUAGUAAUCCUACACAAACAUUUAAAAGAAAUCUACUGGCUAAAGCAUUCAUUGACACUGGAAAGGACUCACCGUCUCCUAACAGUUCCAGUAACCUGGGUCGCAUUCAGUUGUCUCUCAAGUAUAAUUCGGCAAGAAGCAUGCUGUUUGUGGGUAUAGUCCGCUGUUCAGSUCUGGCUGCUAUGGACGCUAAUGGAUAUUCUGAUCCUUAUGUGAAAUGUUACCUCAAACCAGACCCGAAUAAGAAGACUAAAAGAAGAACAACGAUAAAGAAGAAAACAUUGAACCCGGAAUUUAACGAGGAAUUUGUAUAUGAAAUCCCUCAUAAUGAACUAGCCAAGAAAUCAUUAGAAGUCACUGUAUGGGAUUAUGAUGUUGGCAAAAGCAAUGAUUUUAUUGGGGGAGUUGUCCUGCAUAUCAAAGCUGAAGGAGCUGCACUAAAACACUGGUAUGAAACUCUGAAAAACCCUAAUCAGCUACAUAUUCAAUGGCAUGACCUUGAGACCAUGACUGUACAGGAUGACUAAAGGUUGGUGUCUGGAUGACUCUAAGUGCUGUUUAGAAUUCAAUCACCACAAAUUCUUUACACUACACACUCAGAAUAUAAUUAUUGUACUAGUUUUAUGAAUAGAACAUUUGCUUGAGGGUCUCAUUUCACAGACACUGCCAGAAUGCCCUUUUCAUUUUAGUAAACAAAUUUAUUAUUUUCUCAAKAGGAAAGAAAGUAACAUUAAAACAUCACAAACAAAAGUGCUUAAAAUGGUGCCUUUAAGUAAAUGGUCUAUGGUUAUGCUUAAUUUUUGCUAUUCAAUACACAAGUAUUUUAUGGGUAUGAUGUUACCAUACUUUAUUURGAGAGCCAUUCUUCUUCUAACUUUGCAGUUGGUAAAGAAAAGUGGCUCUGUCAUUGAGUAGUCUUAUAAUAUACUAGCCUCUUUCAUAGCCUGGGAAAGGGAGGGACAAGAAGCAUAAUAUAAAGAGGUAUUUGCAUAUAUUCACUAAAGAAAUAUAAGACAGCGUUGAAAGCAGUAACAAUAUUAUGUAUUAACUUAUUAGCAUGUUAACUGUGAAACAGUUCUUUUUAAAAACAGGCAAUUACCAUUCAGUAUUUUAAUAAGCCUUUGUUUGCCCCUAACAUAAGUUUAUAUUAAAAAAAACAGUGUAUUUAUUAAGGAAAUUAUUAAAAAGAAGACAUAUUGUAAUAAUUAGAGUGCUUUCAGCAUAAGCAUGUAACAUUUUAGUAACACUAAUUGUGUACUAUGUUAUGCUAAUUCGUUUCUAUUUCUGUUGUCCAACUUUUUUGCAGUUAUUACUGAAUGUUUGUGCUUUUACUGGAUGCAUUCUUGUUAGAGUGGACACACUAAACCAGUCAAACGUUUGUUGAUGGAAUGAGAUAGUGUAUUCACUCUAUAAUCAUGAUAACUAUUAUCAUCUUUAUCAAGGUUUCUAUUGGUAGAUAUUGUGGAACCUUCAUUUUAAUUGUUGCUGGGGACAAUUAUUAUCUUUGCGAUGAUAAACACAACUAGUAAGUUUUCCAGGGUUUAAUACUAGAGUAUUUUAUAAAAAUUACUAGGAAUAAUUUCAGUUGCAUUUAUUUAUUCAUUUGCAACUUUUCAAGUACUUUUGGACAUGUAAUAUGUUGUGUGCUCUUGUACAUAAUGGACCCAUAAAUCUUAUAGUGGAAAUGUGCAAAGAAAUAGGAUUUCACCAAAAGUCAUGAAAAUGUCACUGAAUCAUAUCAGGAGGGAACAUCUCCAUAUAACCACCCACUCUUUCCUAAGGUUGUUUAUCUACAUCAUUUGUGAUUGAAAGUCAAACAGCACCAACUGAUGUCAUUAUAAUUGUACAUGGUGUAGUUCACCUCAAGAUCUGCAAUUAAGUAUAAACUAUAAAAGAAUUAACAAUACAAUGUACAUUUGGCUUAARAAAUCAUACAGAACAAUGACUAAAAUCAUACGUUAGCUGUUCGUAAUUAGUGGUUUUUAUAGACCCAUGAAACUG